AGAAACAGGAGGGAAAUUAAGACAGCAUCCAAGUCUCACUUAUUUAUUACAUCUCUUCGACUCUCCCCGUAUACAGAUCUUCGCAACAACCACUCCCCUGUCUUCACACUCAACGCUCUUCCACUUCUAACACUGUGAUCAAAGUCUCGGGGAUCAUAAACAAAAGGUACAGAAUGAGAGAAAUCCUUCACAUACAGGGUGGCCAGUGUGGUAACCAAAUCGGAUCCAAGUUUUGGGAAGUUGUGUGCGAUGAGCACGGUAUUGAUCCUACUGGAAAGUAUGUUGGAAAAUCUGAUCUGCAAUUGGAACGCGUAAAUGUGUAUUACAAUGAGGCUUCUUGUGGGAGGUAUGUACCUCGUGCUGUUCUAAUGGAUCUGGAGCCUGGCACUAUGGACAGUGUUAGAACUGGUCCCUAUGGCCAGAUCUUCCGUCCUGACAACUUUGUGUUUGGCCAAUCGGGUGCUGGAAAUAAUUGGGCAAAAGGUCACUACACUGAGGGUGCUGAACUUAUUGACUCGGUUCUUGAUGUUGUGAGGAAGGAAGCUGAGAAUUGUGACUGCCUUCAAGGUUUCCAGGUCUGCCACUCUCUUGGUGGAGGAACGGGAUCUGGGAUGGGGACUCUGCUGAUCUCGAAAAUAAGGGAAGAAUAUCCUGACAGGAUGAUGCUUACCUUUUCUGUGUUUCCAUCGCCGAAGGUGUCUGAUACAGUUGUUGAGCCUUAUAACGCAACUCUUUCAGUCCAUCAGCUUGUAGAGAAUGCUGAUGAAUGCAUGGUUCUGGAUAAUGAAGCUCUAUAUGACAUCUGCUUCAGAACUCUCAAGCUUACCACGCCUAGUUUUGGUGAUCUGAACCACUUGAUUUCUGCAACAAUGAGUGGAGUCACCUGCUGCCUCCGUUUCCCUGGUCAGCUGAACUCUGACCUCCGCAAGCUUGCUGUGAACCUGAUCCCUUUUCCCCGUCUACAUUUCUUCAUGGUCGGUUUUGCUCCUCUUACAUCCCGUGGUUCACAGCAAUACCGUGCCCUUACUGUACCUGAGCUGACCCAACAGAUGUGGGAUUCCAAGAAUAUGAUGUGUGCUGCUGACCCCCGACAUGGUCGCUACCUCACUGCCUCAGCCAUGUUUAGGGGCAAAAUGAGCACUAAAGAAGUCGACGAGCAGAUGAUUAAUGUACAGAACAAGAAUUCCUCUUACUUUGUGGAAUGGAUCCCCAACAAUGUGAAGUCCAGUGUGUGUGACAUUCCCCCAAAGGGGCUUUCAAUGGCGUCGACCUUCAUUGGGAAUUCAACCUCUAUUCAGGAAAUGUUCAGGAGGGUAAGUGAACAAUUCACUGCUAUGUUUAGAAGGAAGGCUUUCUUGCAUUGGUACACUGGUGAAGGAAUGGAUGAGAUGGAGUUCACAGAAGCCGAAAGCAAUAUGAAUGAUCUAGUCUCGGAGUACCAACAGUAUCAGGAUGCUACUGCUGAUGAGGAAUACGAUUAUGAGGAGGAAGAAGAAGGUGCUGAGCACACAAGUGAUUAAGUUUAACAAAUGUGCUAUGCUCGGUUCUUCGGAUUCCUUUGUCAUGUGUAUUGGCGCUGAAAGACUAGGCUGAGUUUGGUAUUGCGGAUUAUAUCCCAUUCACAUUCUUCAAGCCGACCAAGGUAAGAGUGAUUUGUUACAAAAUUUGGGUUGUUAUGCCUAAUUUGUUGUGAUUCUGCAUGUGUAAUAGUAAUUAGUACAUGUUUUGUCAUGGUAUAUGCGAGUUUUAAGUAGUAAUUCAUGUUGAAGCUGCCUGCUAGAAGCAUACUUGGUGACCUAGUGAUUUGUCAUGUAAAAUGAUUCAUGCGAUUUAUAGGCAGUGCUGAGAUGUAGUGUAAAUGAGACUGGUUUGUACUCUGUAAGCUGGAUGGUGAUCGAUGCUAAAGAAACCUACAUGAUUUUAAUAA